AUGAAGGCCUUUUCUUAUCCACAGGGUUCCCCCAGACGCAGGAGAAGGGUGUCCAAACCCAUGAUGGAGAAACGCAGACGGGACCGCAUCAACCACAGUCUGGAGACUUUACGGCUUCUGAUGCUCGAGAGCACCAAGAAUGAGAAACUAAAUAAUCCAAAGGCGGAGAAGGCAGAGAUCCUGGAGAGCGUGGUGGAGUUCCUGAAGACAGAGAGGAAGGUGAAGAAGGGUCAAAAGGCCACGACGGGGGUUCAAUCCAGUGAGCCGAGGCCUACCUGUUCCCACCAGCAGAGCUACCACGACGGCAUGAGGUCCUGUCUGCUGAGGGUCAGUCAGUUCGUAGCCAGCAAGAGCCAAGAGUCAGGGGGAACCAGCGGGGAACCGGCUAAGGCUUCUUUUACGCUUCCUGAGCCCCAGACCCACGCCUCCACUUCAGGGCAUAAGGAAAGGUCUCCGGCCGGGGACCCAGCAGCCCCGUCUUCUCAGCAUCACCAGCACGGCCACAGCAGCGGGAUGCUGUUCCCCACUGUGGCCUCCGCGGUCUUCGCACCCAUGACGGAUCCAGUGUGGAGGCCUUGGCCAUGA